UCUGAAUCCUAAGCAAUGCUGUACCUUUCUUGUGUGGAAAAGCUGUCAUCCAUACCAACGCUUCAGCUUCUGGCUGUUCAAGGAACCGGUAUACAAUAUAUCAUCUCUGUUCUCAUGUCCAAUAUUCUCGUGGCAUUUCAAAUUGAAGCGGUACAACCAUACACCCUGGGGUGUACAAUACUACACAUGGCUGUUUCUUGAUUGGGAGUUCAAAGGAAAGCUAGAGCACAAUUUGCAUAAGAGUAAGAUGGUUUUAGACAUACCCCUCGACAAGGCUGCCUUUAUCGGUCUUUGGAUCGAAUCUAUUCUUUAUGGAUGCCAUACCAUUGUAUUCUUGUCCUCCCUCUACCUUUUGCGCAAUAGCAAAUCAUCGUUGAAAUUCAACCCAGCCCUCACCGCUGUGAUGCUGACAGUAAUGUUUGCCUUAUCCACCACGCACGUAUCAAUCAAUUUUGCGCGCGGCUUGGUAGCGUUUGUCUCAUACCAAGAGACGCCUUUUGGUGCCUCUAUAUAUUUGAAGAAACUAUGGGCACUUAGUAAUGUGAUGAAGCAGGCAACGUAUGUCACGAAUAUCCUUGUUGGAGACUCCUUCGCAAUCUAUCGGUCGUAUAUCAUACUCACCGACACUCAUUUCAAGUGUGACAAAAAAUUCUCGAAACUUGUCGUUUUUCCAAUCUGUUCGUUGAUAUCUUCAGCUGUGUGCGGAUUUAAAUCUGUCUACAAUCUCAGCCAAAUUUCACACUUUGGAGAAAGCGUAUUCAUGUAUGAUAUAUUCCAUUUUCGAGCGGCGCUCCUUGGGCUUUCGUUAGUAACGAAUACUUCCGCUACCAUGUUCGUAGUUGUAUUCAUUGUCUGUAAAAGCAGACAAACCGAAAAACCACUAGUGUCAACAACACAGAAUCCUUACCGCAAAGCUUGCUUCUCACUGCUCCAAUUUGGAAUAAUUAUCCCCGCUUCCUUAACUGCUUCCCUCAUUCUUUAUUCCCUUAAGAUGAAUGCAAAUUAUAUUGUGCUUGAUUCGAUGAGCCAAAUUGCUGGCCUCGUCCCAGCUAUAGUUGUGAUAAACAAUCAUUUGCCCAGCCGGUCCAGCGCUUUCCCUAGAAUACAUCCUGAAUUUGGGUUCAAAACACGACAAAGUAGGGAGACGAUGAACCAGGGGCCGAAGCUGGAGGAGACAUCUACUAGAAUAUCGGUGGAGAGUACAAAGAGUACGAAGUCCGAAUUCUCUACGACCCCACUCAGAAUUCAAAUCAUGACAGAAGUGGUAUCAGAUUCUAAAGAUAACCAGUGUUAGUAACGGGACCCAAACCACUACUGUAGCAUCACUCUAUGUAGGGGAAAAUAUCCAAUAGUAUUUCUG